AUGCAGUGGCUUGAUUCUCAGCCAAAAGGGUCUGUUCUGUACAUAUCCUUAGGAAGUUAUCUUUCAAUUUCAAAGGAGCAAAUGGAAGAACUUGUUGUUGGAUUAUGUGAUAGUGGUGUGAGAUUCUUGAUGGUGUACCGUGGACCAAACAAAACACUCUUAAGUCAAAAUAGUAACAGUGGUUUAUUUGUGCCUUGGUGUGACCAAUUGAGGGUGUUGUCACAUAAAUCUAUAGGUGGUUUUUUGUCACAUUGUGGUUGGAAUUCAGUGUUGGAAGCAAUGUUUUGUGGUGUUCCUGUUCUAACUUUUCCAAUUUCUAUUGAUCAAGUUCCUAAUAGUAAGCAAAUUGUUGAGGAUUUGAAGGUUGGUGUUAAGAUGAAAGAAAGAUUAGGGACUAAUAACAAAGAAAAUGAUGUUGUGAUGAGAAAAGAAAUUGCUAGGAUUGUCAAAGGGUUUAUGGAUUUUGAGAGCAGGGGAGGGAGAGAGUUAAGGGAAACAGCAAAUAAGGUUAGAGAAGUUUGUAGGAAUACAAUUGUGGAAGGUGGAUCUUCUCUGCAGAAUCUCAAUGCAUUUCUUGAAGACAUUUUGCAAAGCAAUUAA